UUAUGCAUAUGUGUUACUCCAGGAGUAGCCGACGUGACAAUUACCAGCAAGUUUCCAUACUACCAGGAUAACCAGUACACCUGGUUGUACUGUUACACCGGAACAGUUAUAAGGCAAAGAGGGUAUCACUUCGGGCUGGAACUAAAUACAGGGUCAGGACAGGCGUUUACUGCAGCCAGAAAUACCUACAACAAUCCGCGGCGUGUAAGGGUCUGGCCGUACGACACCCGAAAUAAUGACGCCCCGGUACAUAUCACCAACGCCAUUUCCUGUAUUGGUAGACAAAACGGCGUCUCGGAUAAAGUCAUCACGUUCAAGAUGAGAGAAGACGCCGACGUAAAGCCCAAGCUGUUCUCCCGUACUGUAAACGUGGGAGACCCGGUAACGUUGGAGAUGGUUCGGAACGCAGACUCAACCAGGACUGGUGACCUGGAGUGGAGGAAGGACGGAGCUGUCCUACAGGGGGAGACGUCUCUCACACUCAACAUCGGCAGUGUCCAAGAAUCACAUGAGGGGAUCUAUGAGUGCUACUAUCGAGGGACUUAUUCUGACAGGAAGCAGGGCAUCAUGAGGCUAAUAGUUAGAGCAUGUACAGAUAACAGAUACGGAUCCGACUGUUCCGGUGACUGUCCUGUCUGUUAUAAUGGAGGAGUUUGUCAUGACCAGACAGGCGAGUGUGUCUGUCCUCCGGGCUUCAGGGGAACUCACUGUGAGACUGCAUGUCCAUCUGGACGUUUCGGUAAGACCUGUAGCCGCAGCUGCAGUGGAGGGUGUCAGGGACAGCUGAUGACGGUUCCGGAUCCGAUGGGGUGCACCUGUCCUCCGGGACUCACCGGAAUGACUUGUGAAGACGCAUGUUCCGAAGGCAUGUACGGCGCAAGCUGCACUCAAACCUGCCACUGCCGAUCCGGACCGUCAGCCUGUAACAGGGAAACCGGAGCGUGUACCGGUGGGUGUGCGGCUGGCUGGAUAGGGAACUCCUGUCAGAUAAUGCCUCCUAUGAUAACACAUCAUCCCAUGGAUCAAACAGUAGAUAUUGGGCUUCAAGCAAACUUCACAUGUAGCAGUACAGGUGUUCCAAUACCUGUGAUCACCUGGUACAAUGACAGCAGUGCCAUCACAGUUGGAGGACAGAUCAGUGUGGUGAACGGUGAAGGCGUGGUUACCAGCACACUAACCAUUACAUCUGUGAGCCGUGAGGAUAACGGAGAGUACAAGUGUACGUCAUCUAAUGCUGCUGGGGACCACACGUCACAGGGGGCUACACUCAAGGUGCAAGAACCCCCAGACGAUGUAAGAGUGACUGUGACCGCUGUGAACUCUACGGCUCUACAAGUCACGUGGACAGUAGGGGUAACCGGCAACCACGACAUCACCGACUCCCGUGUCCGUUACAGGAGCGACAUCAACGGUCAAUGGUCACCUCACCUGCCAUGGACGUUUACAGGAAUUUCCGGUACAAAUGGUUCUGUGAUUUUCUCCGACCUGUUGCCAGGCGUUAGGUACCUUGCAAUAGUGAGUGUACGAAAUGCGCUGGGGUGGAGCAAGACUGGGUGGGCACAUGGAUACACGGAUGAAGCACCACCGGGUCCACCACAUGGUUUACAAGCCACACCGACGUCUCACAACACCGUGCACCUGGUCUGGCAACCACCUGUGAGAACCAACGGAGUCAUCAGCGGCUACACAGUACAGUAUCAAGCAUCUUCGUCGUGUGACUCACUAGAGUUUUCCCAAGAACUUACAACUACGGACGACAGCACGACGGUCGUUAUUGGAGACCUGGUCCCGUACACAAACUACACAUUCCGGGUACGUGGGGCAACAAGCGCUGGGGGAGGGGACUUCAGCGGCUGUAACAUCACAAGGACACCGGAAUAUUAUCCAACAGCUCCUGCGAUCCUCAAGUUUGAAGACCAACACGACUGUAACUGUGAUGCGUCCAACGUCGCUCGACAAGUAGCACUGAGGAUUCAAUUUCGCCGACCGGACAAGAUAUACGGCCAUCUGCAGGCGUACCGAGUCAGCCUGUACAACAGGACCGGUGGGGAACCGUUCUACCAGGAGAACGUGACGUCAGGACUGCAGCAGGAGAACCUGACAGUCAUUGUCAGCUCAGCACAAAUACAGCCUGCACGGAACUACUCUGUCACUGUGUCUGCUAUCAACAACGUUUACCAAGGAAACGAGAGUCAUCCACUUGUGGCACAAACAAGUGACGGAUGUCCCGAUGCUCCAACUGUAGAAAGCCUAGUCACCGAUGACAGCUGUGGAUUCUUGUUGACACCACCUUUACAUACGCGUGGGAAACUGAAAGGACAUAUCGUCACACGAACAGUGAUACCCCGUCACCAGUAUCCAGACGACUCAAACGCAGAGGUAACACGGAAAACGUUGCACGCAUCUGUUCAUCAUUGGUCGGAGCUAAAGCAAAACCUAUCCGCCAACUCAGUCAUACACUUCACGGUACGGGCGGUCACGUGCGGGGAGGGUGGAAAGAGCGAGGAAGUGACAUGUGAGGUUACAAGAGUCGAACCGCCUUCAAUCAUACCGCUUCCCACUGGCCCUCCCAUGAUUCCUACUGCCAACUCAUUUCACAUGGAGCUCCCGGACGUGAGCGAGAGAAAUGGGCCUAUAAGCUGCUGUCAAGUGAUUGUCGUCAAGAUGGGGAAAGACGAGACCCUUGACAGCCUAGAGAGACGAGUUGGAGCACCAGACGUUAUCCUGACAGAUGAAGCACCACAACAAGGACAGACAGAGCCUUACGUAGCUCUUGGCCUUUCGGGAGAGGAGUACAAACAGACAGUCUCCCAAGGAGUGGACAUCGGGACGGGAGAGGUGUGUGAACAUGAGUGCUGCCGGCGGAGUGAAGUCUCAACAGCCGGCUUCGCAAAUGAUCCAGGAAACAAGGAGCUGGAGCCGGCAACGAAGUACACAGCAGUGGUGAGGGUGUAUGUGGACACUUCCAAAUCCGGUGGCAGGCGGAGGAGAGACAUCGAAAGGACGUUCUCUACAAGCCUAUUUAUACAACCUGUAACUACGCAAGAUGUGGUCAGCACAGCGGUGAUUCCCAUAGCUGUGGGAGCUGCCGUUGGCGUCCUGCUGGUUCUCGUGGUUGUACUGGGCAUCUUACUUUACAGAAGACAAGAGGCCAGGAAGAAGAAGGUCCCAGUAAACCUCCCCCUGACGCCGGUAGCGCCUGCAGAUGAGCCGCAGGGUGUGGUCGGGCCUUCUGUGGACCCCGAGGAAGAGGUUUCCGUCAAACCAAAGCCAAAACCAGGACCAAAGCCAAAACUGGCCAAGAAACCAUCGAUAGCGAUGCAGAUACCCAACUUCGAUGAACCGAUAUCCAUACGAAAUCUGGAGGCGGAGUUUGACUUGAGAGCCGCCAAUGGCAACCAAUUCUUCUCGGAGGAAUUUUCGGCGCUUCCUGCCAAACUAGGGCGAGAACACGCCGAAGCUUACUACAGCGACUUCAACACGGGAAAGAAUCGGUUCAAGAACAUUAUUGCAUACGACAAUGCACGUGUACAGCUUACUCCCAUUGCGGACAAUCCUGGGUCUGACUACAUACACGCUUCCUACAUAGACGGCUACAGUGUUCCAAGAAAGUUCAUCGCUACCCAAGGUCCCCUGCCCAACACGGUGGAUGAUUUCUGGAGGAUGAUGUGGGAGACCGGCUCAAAAGCGAUCGUUAUGCUGACCAAUUUGAAGGAGAACGAUAAGCAAAAGUGCACACAGUACUGGCCCGACAGUGGGAAGCAGACCUAUGGGGACAUUGAAGUCGUCUUAGCUGACACCAUCCCUAUGGUGGACCAAGUAACAAGGAUCUUUCUGGUUACAAAGGAAGGUGUCCGCGAGCGGCGUCAGGUUGCUCAGUUCCACUUCGUCGGCUGGCCGGACUACGGGCUGCCCCGUAGCCCCAUGGAAUUGCUCAAGUUUCACAGGACAGUGGUUACCAAGACAACCACCAAGGACACACCCAUCGUUGUUCACUGCAGUGCCGGUGUUGGCCGCACGGGCACCUUUAUCACCAUAGACGCGAUGUUGGAGAUGAUGCAGGCUGAAGAGAAAGUGGACGUGUUCGGGUUCGUCUCCAGGAUGCGGCAGAACAGGAGCACCAUGGUCCAGACAGAGGCCCAGUACGUGUUCAUCUACCGCGCCCUGCUGGAGCAGCACCUGUACGGAGACACGGAGGUGGAAGUGGCCAACAUCCAGCACUACAUGUACAAACUCAGGACCGAGAAGCCGGGUGGUGACAAGACUGGAUUCGAGAUAGAGUUCGAGAAACUGACCCGACUACCAGUGGACCGUGCGAACAUGCGCAGUGGGAACUUGCCUAAUAACAUGAAGAAGAAUCGAGUGCUGCAGAUUCUGCCUUAUGACACAAGCCGUGUAUUUCUUAAGCACAAACUGGGGGUGAAGGGUUCGGACUACAUCAACGCUUCGUUCAUCGACGGCUACCGUGAGAAGGACGUGUACAUCGCCACGCAGGGCCCGCUGGACCGGACUGUGGAGGACUUCUGGAGGAUGGUGUGGGAGUGGAACUCCUGCUCUAUCGUCAUGCUCACCGAGCUCAAGGAGAAAGGAGGCAGUAAAAGUGCCCGUUACUGGCCAGAGGAGGGGCAGAUCCGGACCUUUGCAGAGGUGGUCGUCACUGCACAGGGCGUGGACAAGUUGCCUGACUAUGACUUGCGUACUUUUACCCUGCGACACACAAGGGGAAUGGAAACCCGCACGGUGCAGCAGUUCCACUUCCACGGCUGGCCGGAAGUCGGUAUCCCUGACCACGCCGCCGGGAUGAUCGAUCUGAUUGGUCAGGUCCAGAAGCAGCAGCAGCAGUCUGGGAACGGACCAAUCACCGUGCACUGCAGCUCAGGAGCCGGCCGCACGGGGACGUUCUGCGCCAUCAGCACGGUGCUGGAGCGGGUGAAAGCAGAAGGAAUCUGUGACGUGUUCCAAGUCGUCAAGGCGCUCCGGCAGCAGCGGCCUCACAUGGUGCAGACACUGGACCAGUACCAGUUCUGUUACCAGGCAGUUGUGGAGUAUCUGGACAGUUUUGACAACUACGCCAACUUCCGCUAGAAGAAAGAUUAAUACUUUUGUUGCAGGCAGUAACCGCGCAGCGCUAUUGUUUAGUAAGGAAACAGUUAAGUGUAACCAAGUUUCCACCAAUUUUGAAAUACAUUAUAAAUAGACUCUAUAGCACUUUUAUCACUAUAUAAUGUAGAAUUCGAUCUUCAUAGAUGAUGGUAUAUAUCGAACAUGUCAAUUUAGGAUGGCAAGACCUCAAAGGAGGAUAUAUGCUGUCAGAAAGGAUGGUCAAAGGCUUUGACCAUCCUUUCUAAUAGCAUAUAUUUGAAUCUUUUUGAGUCCAGAUCUGAAUCUUGUUUAGUCCAGAAUUGACAAAGCUUCCGGUAUAUAUCAAGUUCGUUUAGUAGUAUGAACACUAAACUAGCUACUAGACAGAUACUUUAAAUGUUUCCUGAGUCAUAGCAUAUAAUGUGAGUUUGUGAUGCUACAAAUAUGUGAGAAACCAUCAGUACACAUCAAAACAACUAACAUUCAAAUACUCUUUACAAAUAUAUGAAAUUGUAACAUAUUUCAAUAGUUUCACGAUGGAUUUCAGUAAUGUAUGAAGUUGUGAACAAAACAGCACAAGUCAGUAUUACACAUAUACAGCAUAUUAUUCUACCAGCCAAAUCAUGUUAAAAUGUAAAUGAACCAUAUGUAUCAAUGUUUGUGCUGGCAACUGUUGGUAUCGAAUCCGGUGGACGCAAAGCAAGCAACCAACAUAGAACAUGCAGUUUCAUCACAACCUGCGAGAUGGCGUAACUGUUCGGCCAAUUUGGCAAUUUCUUAAUGCUGAGGGUUACAAGUAACCUGCCGGGUAUAAUCCCAUAUCAUCAUACUAUAAUUCUAUAUCAUAUAUUGCAUUCUCAUAUGUGCUGCUUGUUGGCUACAAGUUUCUAUGAAUAAAGUUGUCUAACGUUA